AUGAUUUUAGGAAGUGAUAUUCUAAAACUAUUGGGUAUCAAUAUAAACUAUGAAGAAAAAGAAGUAACAACAAAAUAUGGUGAAUUAAAAAUUGAAUAUGAAAAUAAAGAUGAAGUAAAAAUGAUUAACGAAAUAAUGUUAGAAGGAAAGGAAAUAAAGGAUAUAAAAGUGAAGUCACCAAAAUUUGGGUUAUUAAAGAAAGAAUGUUCUAAAUAUUUACUUUGUGACUACAUAUUAGAAAAAGGGGAAAAUGUGAUUACUAUUGCAAACAUAGAAAAUAAUAUGAAACAAAUUACAAAUGAAGAAAUAGUUGGAAAAAUAACUAAUAUAAAGAAAGGAGAAAUUAUUUAUAAUGAAAAUAAAAAUGAAAAUAUAAUUGACAUAUGUGAUAAUUUUGAUCUAAAAGAUAAAGUAAAUGAAAUAUUGAAAAAAUAUGAUGAAAAAAUAGAUCCCAAAAAAUCAAUACCGGAAGAGUUAAUAUUAUAUAAAUUAAAACUCAAGGAAGAAAACCAAGAAUCAAAAUACAAAAGAAAUUUUAAAAUGAAUCCAUUAAAAGACAAGAUUUUAAGAGAAAUAGCAGAAAAAUUAGAAAGAAAGUGA